AUGUGUAAUCAUUAAAUAUAGAAUUAAAUGAUCAGUGAGUCAGUGCAUUCUGCUUAGGUAUUUGGAUAUACCCAAAAAGUAGAAAUCCCUCAGCUAAAGACUCAAGGACUUUUGUUAAGUGCUUUGAAAGUGUGUCACUGGGGCACGAGGCUCUUCAUCUGGUCACAUGGACACAUUUCGCGCCUCGUGCGGCGUAGGUGCACCAGCAUCAGCAAAACCGGGCGUCCUCACGGAGCGCUUCAUAGCGACACACCGCGAGAGAGUGUCAGCACAGGCACACUUCAGCCUCUCAAGCUGACAACAAACCGGUCUCAACAUCUAAAACAGAAUCUAAAUGGACAUUUCUGUCGGCUAAAACAACCGACAGUGUGCGUUUUUCCCGUUUUCCUGAAGAAUACAGUUUGUUUAGAUUUCACUGUUCAUUUCCACACCUGUAUGACUGAAGCACAGAGUGACUACAAUGGACUCGAACAACAACAACAACACCGGAGGGGUAAUCUCUUACAUCGGUUCAUGUGGAGGCUCUCCUAACCGCAUCAGCCCAGUAUCCAUGUACUGCGAGAAUUCCAACAGCAGUCUGCAGUCACUGACACAGCCGUGCUUGGGAUCCUCUUUCCCACCUUCACCUAAUGGUUCCCAUGAUUCUUCACGUAUGUACACCAGCAGCAGUAGCUCCAGCAGUUCAGCAUUUGGUGAUGAUGGGAGCUCAUCAAGCUCAGGAGGUUCCCCAAGGAGGCGUGAUGAAAGCAGCAUCACAUACAACUCACCCAACAAAUCAGUUGCUACUCUUACAAAGCUAAAUGGAAUGGUGCUACUCUGCAAAGUCUGUGGAGAUGUGGCAUCAGGCUUUCAUUAUGGUGUCCAUGCCUGUGAAGGCUGCAAGGGGUUCUUCCGUCGGAGCAUCCAGCAGAAUAUCCAGUACAAAAAGUGCCUGAAGAAUGAAACAUGUACUAUUAUGAGGAUUAACCGAAAUCGUUGUCAGCAGUGCCGUUUCAAGAAGUGUUUGUCUGUUGGCAUGUCUCGUGAUGCUGUCCGUUUUGGUCGCAUCCCGAAACGUGAAAAACAGCGCAUGCUAGCUGAGAUGCAGAGCGCUAUGAACAACAUGGUGAACAACCAGCUGCAGAAUGAAUUCCAACUGGCUUCUCUUAAAACCAGCACUUCAUUCACUUCAUCAUCCUCGUCAUCUUCAUCUCCCUGCCCAGGUCUGACAGUGGCUUCUCAGUCCCAGCCUUCUGCUGUACCUGUAGCUCCUUCCCCCUCUCUCCCAGCCCCAGGAUCGCCUUCUCCUCAAAAUGCUCAGAGCCAUCCUCAGAUUGCCACCUCUCCACCACUGUGCCCUAGUCCUGGCCUGGACAGCACCAUCACUGCAAUUACCAAAGCUCAUCGUGAGACCUUUGUCUAUGCUCAUGAUAAGAUAAGCGCAGCACUGCAGCCCCAAAAUGGGGUUGAUCUGAAUGGCCACAGCAGUAAUUGCUUUGCGUCUGGCUAUAAUAUGAAUAGCCACAAUUCAGUACAUCAAUCUAAUUCAAGCUUACAGUGCAAUGGUUUCCAAACAGAUAAUAAACAACACCUUCAAUCCUCACCUUUAUCCAACCAGCAGCAUCAGAGGCUGCCACAACAAAACAAUAUGCAACACGUCCCCAAUAUCAAUUGGUAUGGGGCUCAGCAAGAUAAUAGCAACAACAUCCUGGUGCAAAACUGCCCAUGGAAGAACCGCAAGGAUAUAUUGCUGGCUUGUCCAAUGAAUAUGCACCCUCAGACAGAUAGUAACAAGACACCACAGGAGAUUUGGGAAGAUUUCUCCCUAAGCUUCACACCAGCUGUACGUGAGGUGGUGGAAUUUGCCAAGCAUAUCCCAGGUUUCAGCUCUCUGUCCCAAAAUGACCAGAUCACCUUGCUGAAAGCAGGAACUUUUGAGGUGCUGAUGGUACGUUUUGCAUCCUUGUUCAAUGUCAAGGAGAAGACUGUCACAUUUAUUUCUGGCACCACCUACAGCCUAGAAGCUUUGAAGAACAUGGGAAUGGGAGCCCUGUUGGGAACCAUGUUCGACUUCAGUGAGAAACUCAGUGAACUAGAGCUCUCUGCAGAGGAACUAGGUCUUUUUACUGCUGUGGUGCUGGUUUCUACAGAUCGCUCUGGUAUAAAAAAUGUGAAGUCAGUGGAGAUGCUCCAGGACAGCCUGAUUAAAGCCCUUCGCACAUUGGUCAGCAAGAACGCCCCUGGUGACGUCUCUCGAUUCACUAAGCUACUGCUCAAACUGCCAGAUCUGCGCACACUUAACAGCAUGCACUCCGAAAAGCUUCUCUCUUUUCGCAUCGAUGCAUGAGAAUCCUUUGGUAGCUAAUACUACAAACCAGCUGAGUCUAUGGGAGUGGUCUCUACUGGAGGGUUUAAUUGAAGGCUUCAUAUUUACCAGUGCUGCUCCACCAGCAUAUGCCCUGCUCUGAUGGUGCUCAAAGACUUGAACAAUGACAACAGGCUCAUAGGGACGCACAAGCAGUAAAUGACAUGGCCAUUUUUUAUGUCACAUCACAGCACUAAUGGUUCACUGGUUUGAUUCAGAACUCAGUUUACUGUCUGUGUGGAGUUUUGCAUGUUCUCCCAGUGUCUGUGGGUUUCCUCCUACCUCCCCAAAACAUGCUGAUAGAAUCAUUCAAUCUUCUAAAUUUCCCAUAGGUGUGAAUGUGUGUGUAAAUGGUGCCCAUCCCAUCCAAGGUGUGUUCCUGCCUCAUGUUUAGCAUUCCGAGGAUGGGCUCCAGAUCCACUGCAACCCUGACCAGGAUAAAGCAGUUACUGAAGAUGAAGGAAUUAACAUACAAUCUGUAUUUGAUUUCAUUCUUGCUUUUAUCUCUAUACAUGACGGGGUUAGGUGAUUAUAUUGUACAGUCUUUACUUACAGACAGGCUCUUUGCUGUUUUUUUAAAUGCUAUUUUUUAAAUUUAGAUGCAUCACGGUACUUUUCUUCCUUAUACCAGCUUGAUGUCUGAGAAUUGUUUUUAUACUUACCUUAUAUCUGAUAACAGAGAGAGCCAAAACUCUCACAUUGAGCAUGCAAGGGAUAAAUGGAGCCAAAACCUCAAACAAUCUGGCAUUACCAAGUGCUGGAGUCAAUCAUAACCAGAGAGCUGGGACAAAGGAUAGAGGCAGACAGAACAGAACAACACUUUCUAAGUGCAAUGCAAAUUGAGUUCCACAAAGAGGCUACGAGACAUAAAACAUCCAACAAUUAAACAAUGGACCAGAUCAAGAGAAAAACAACUCAUGCGAGGGACCUCAUCCCACCUCGGCUUAAGUCCAUGUAACUUUGUAAAAAUAUGUAAAUGUGAAUCUAUACUAUAUCCAAAAUGUAUAUAUUGUAUACAUAAAUAUAUUUUUUGUAAAGUGUAACUGCUCAAUACAAAGUUAUAUAUGAUAUAAAUGUAUAAGUGUAGUCAGAUCUCAUUUACAGCAUAAAGACUCUGAAACAUUUUA